GAGAUGCACGGCUGACUUUGAGAGAUGGGCUGUGGGCAAUCUUCUUUGACGGCCCAAUACGUUUGGUGGGGCUUUUCUUCUUGGGCCUAGGAUCAUCCGCGGGAACCCCAUCAGUCCUCUGCUCAGCGACAAUCCGACUACGAGAAUUGCCGGGACUAAAAGGAGCAUUCUAGUCCCGGCAUUAAGUUCCUCUUUCUCCCUCCAUUUCCAGUAAUACGCAGCAAGAAGCUAUUUUUUUUUUCCAAAAUUUCUCAGUCAUAAAGCAAGAAGUAUACAUUGUUUCUUCAAAAUCUUACUUUUUCUCACUUAGAUAAGCUCAAAAGCUUGGAUAACUCAGUUAAAAAAAUGGUGAAACCGAAAGUCUUACUAUUUCCCGGAGGAGACUCGCCAGAGCAGAGACCACCGCCGGCGUUAACUAAAGAUCAAACUAGAGGAAGUAGGGUUUACGGCUCAGAUAAUAUGGUAACCAAAGGGGAUUCAGUGGAAUCAGAAGUUACUGAGAAAAACAGUGAAGGGUGUUUCGAAAUCCUAGACCAUAUUGAGAAAAAAGCUUCAUCAAUUUUCGAGUUUUCGCUUCAGUUUGUCGACUUGAGUGACUCGCUGGAGAAGGAGGAGGAAGAACGACUGAGGGUGUUUGAAGUGAGGGAGAAGGAGCUUGGUUCGCUUGAAGAUUCAGUAUUUCGUAGAUUGAGUGUUUUAGAAGAGAAAAAGAUAGAUUUUGAUAUGAGACAGGUCAUUGAAGCAACCAUCAUGAUGUUGGUGCUUGAGAAGCAGAGUGAAGAAGCAGAGAAUAAUAAGCUUAGUUUGCUUUUCGAUUCGACUACAAAGGAACUUGAAGGUUUGAUGACUGAGUUUCAAGGUAAGAAAGAGGAGGCUCGCCAGAUGUCUGAGUUAAUCCUUGAGAAAUUAUCUGAGUUAGAAAAGGCAAAGAUGGAUUUUGAUCUUAAACAAAGGGAUGAGACUGAGAGACUGAACAAGGAAAGUGAGGCAAGGGAGAAGGAGCUUAAGGCACUUGAGGAAGCUAUCAAAGAGAAGACUGCUGAGUUGAACGGAAAGGAGGAGACUUUUGAGCUGAAAGUGAAGGAAGAAGCUGACAAAGUGAGAGAGGAGACUGAACUGAGGAGGAACGGUCUUGAGAUUAAGGAGAAGACAAUGGAAAAAUUGUUGAAAGAGCUUGAGUUGAAGCAGAUGGAAUUGGAAGAAAAAUCAAAACAACAACUUGUAGAAGCAGAGUCUCGAAAGAGAUCAAACAUUGAACUUGGGCCGUCCUUGUUGGCAAAUAAUGAUAAUGAUGGUGCUUCGCUUACUCACCAAGCAAAAAAACAGAAAUCUCAGGAAGCAGGUGAUGGAGACAUUGAAGAAAUUGUCUGCACCGAAAAAAGUUAUGAGGAUCCUAAAUUGUUUACUUGUCCUGAUAGAAGGAUUAAUAAUUUUAGCAAGUCAAUGAGCUCUUUUGCUGUUGAUCAAGUUUGGGCGUUAUAUGAUCCCAGAGAUGAUAUGCCCAGGAUCUAUGCUCAGGUCAGAAGAAUUUUUGAUUCCCAUUCGAGUUUGGAGGUGACAUUACUUGAACAUGUCAAAACUGCAAAAGAUACAAAAGCUAUUCUAAGUGGUUGUGGGAGAUUCGAAUAUGGAGAUACAGAGAUCAAGAAUCACUUGAUGUUUGUUCAUGAGAUGGAUCACAUCGUAUGUGCCAACAAUGUCAUUAUGAACCCAAGAAAAGGCGAGACGUGGGCUCUUUUCAGAGAUUGGAAUGUAAGUUGGAACAGUCACCCGGAUCUGCAUGAGCCUCCUUAUAGAUAUGACUAUGUGGAAGUCAUCUCUGAGUUUGACGACCUUCUAGGCAUUGGAGUGGCCUAUAUGGGGAGAGUUGAAGGAUUUGCAUCGGUUUUUACCCGUGAUGAACAGCAUGGAGUGAUCAAGAUCAUAGUCUCGCCGGGGGAAAUGCAGAGGUUUUCUCAUAAAGUUGCAUCGGUUAGAUUGAGCGGAGAUGAGAAAGAGGGAAUCACAACUGGGUCUUUCGUGCUAAACCCUGCUGCUACCCCAAGCUACGAUUCUGUGUUUGAGGAGGUGAUGGAAAUUCAAAUACUAAGUGGUAAAGCUCCAACGGUGGUAAAUCAAGAUGGGUCUACUAAAGAUCUGCCCAUUAUAUUAGAUUAAGUAUUCAAGUCUUGCUGUGCACCUUUCUUAUCUGUAAUGGCUUUUGAGGUUGCAGGAAGUAGUAAAACAGUAAUUGUUUUGGUUCACGUUUCUUUGUUCUCUACGGACCUGUCUAUCAUUUGAACUCCAACCAACUUCUUUUGUUAAAAAUGGAAGAGAAUGCUUUAGGAAAA